AUGGAGUGGAGGGGAAUUUGGUCGUACGUCGGGAACCUCAUCCCAGGAGCAGUGAGGAAGCGUCGGAUCGUCGAGGAGGAGGAGUUCGUCGAUGUCUCCGAGGGAGAAGACACUGCUGGGAGGAGAUCUGUCUCUGGCGCCGACGAGGAAUUUCUCUCAGGGGAAGAACUGUGGAUUGAAGAAGAACCUUUAACUGAAAUAGGACGGUGGCCUAAGGAAUCACCGGCAACUGAAGAUGAACUUGGAACUGAGGAACAGUUAGAAGAAAGGGAAGAACUAGAAGACGAAGAGGAAGUGGGAACUGGUGAAGAACUAGGAACUGAGGAAGAACUCGGAGAGCAGGAAGAAUUAGGAAGUCAGGAAGAACCUACUGACGUAGGGGGGUUGAAGGGCUCUGUCCCACUGGGCACAGUUACCCAGACUAAAGAUCACAUCAUAACCCGGGAACGUCCUGACCAACACCACCACGAUCUCCAAAACGUCGAGGAAGAAGAAGAAGAUGAAGAAGGUGCACAUAGAGAUCAAGAUAAAUUUGAAGGGGAGGAGGAGGAGGAGGAGGAGGAGGAAGAGAACUUGGUAGAUAAAGGAGAGGAGGAGGACGAGGAAAGGGGGAACAUAAUUGAUGAGGAAGAAGAGAAGGAUGAGGAUGGCGACGGGAUCCCCAGGUCCUCAAGUUCAAGCGAUUACGAGGACUCUUAUGAGGUGGAUACUGAGAUGGACACAAACACAGUGAGUGAGACGAGCGAAGAGUCGAGAAGAGGCGAGACUGGAACAAGAGCAGGUGCCAGAGUGUGGGGGUCGACGGGGCACGACGCUGGGAGAGCUGGGAGAGCCGGGAGAGAGCCAGGUGAGAGCCCAGAUGGGGCAGAAGAGGCAAGGAUGAACGGCGGAGUGUGCGAAAAGGCGGAAUGGGACGAAGUAGCCACUCGGAACGAGGAAACAGGUGACGUAUAUAGUGGAGAAGGAAGGACACGCGCCACAUUCUGUGCGAGUGAAGGAGCAGUCACUGCAGACGGCGGUGAACGAGCAGUCACUGCAGACGGCGGUGAACGAGCAGUCACUGCAGACGGCGGUGAACGAGCAGUCACUGCAGACGGCGGUGAACGAGCAGUCACUGCAGACGGCGGUGCGGGAACAGUCACUGCAGACGGCGGUGAAAGAACAGUCACUGCAGACGGCGGUGAAGGAGCAGUCACUGCAGACGGCGGUGAAGGAGCAGUCACUGCAGACGGCGGUGAAGGAGCAGUCACUGCAGACGGCGGUGCGGGAACAGUCACUGCAGACGGCGGUGAAGGAACAGUCACUGCAGACGGCGGUGAAGGAACAGUCACUGCAGACGGUGGUAAAGGAACAGUCACUGCAGACGGCGGUGAAAGACCAGUCACUGCAGACGGCGGUGAAGGACCAGUCACUGCAGACGGCGGUGAAGGAACAGUCACUGCAGACGGUGGUAAAGGAACAGUCACUGCAGACGGCGGUGAAGGACCAGUCACUGCAGACGGCGGUGAAGAAACAGUCACUGCAGACGGCGGUGAAGGAACAGUCACUGCAGACAGCGGUGAAGAAACAGUCACUGUAGACGGCGGUGAAGGAACAGUCACGGCAGUCGGCGGUGAAGGAACAGUCACUGCAGACAGCGAUGAAGGAACAGUCACUGCAGACGGCGGUGAAGGAACAGUCACUGCAGACGGCGGUGAAGGAACAGUCACUGCAGACGGCGGUGAAGGACCAGUCACUGCAGUCGACGGUGAAGGAACAGUCACUGCAGACGGCGGUGAAGGAACAGUCACUGCAGACGGCGGUGAAGGAACAGUCACUGUAGACGGUGGUAAAGGAACAGUCACUGCAGACGGCGGUGAAGGACCAGUCACUGCAGUCGACGGUGAAGGAACAGUCACUGCAGACGGCGGUGAAGGAACAGUCACUGCAGACGGCGGUGAAGGAACAGUCACUGCAGACGGCGGUGAAGGAACAGUCACUACAGACGGCGGUGAAGGAACAGUCACUGCAGAUGGCGGUGAAGGAACAGUCACAGUAGACGGCGGUGAAGGAACAGUCACUGCAGACGGCGGGGAAGGAACAGUUACUGUAGAUGGCAGUGAAGGAACAGACACUGCAGAUGGCAGUAAAGGAACAGUCACUGCAGACGGCGGUGAAGAAACAGUCACUGCAGACGGCGGUGAAGGAACAGUCACUGCAGACAGCAGUGAAGAAACAGUCACUGUAGACGGCGGUGAAGGAACAGUCACGGCAGUCGGCGGUGAAGGAACAGUCACUGCAGACGGCGGUGAAGGAACAGUCACUGCAGACGGCGGUGAAGGAACAGUCACUGCAGACGGCGGUGAAGGAACAGUCACUGCAGACGGCGGUGAAGGAACAGUCACUACAGACGGCGGUGAAGGAACAGUCACUGCAGACGGCGGUGAAGGAACAGUCACUGUAGACGGCGGUGAAGGAACAGUCACUGCAGACGGCGGGGAAGGAACAGUUACUGUAGAUGGCAGUGAAGGAACAGACACUGCAGAUGGCAGUGAAGGAACAGUCACUGCAGACGGGGGUGCAGGAACAGUCACUGCAGUCGGCGGUGAAGGAACGGUCACUGCAGACGGCGGUGAAAGAACUGUCAUUGCAGACAGCAGUGAAGGAGCAGACACAGCAGACGACAGUGAAGGAACGGACACUGUAGAUAUCAGUGAAGGAACAGACACUGCAGAUGGCAGUGAAGGAACAGUCACUGCAGACGGCGGUGAAGGAACAGUCACUGCAGACGGCGGUGAAGGAACAGUCACUGCAGGCGGCGGUGAAGGAACAGACACUGCAGACAGCGAUGAAGGAACAGUCACUGCAGUCGCCGGUGAAGGAACAGUCACUGCAGACGGCGGAGAAGGAACAGACACUGCAGACGGUGGUCAAGGAAUAUUCACUGCAGACGGCGGUGAAGGGACAGUCACUGCAGACGGCGGUGAAGGAACAGUCACUGCAGACGGCGGUGAAGGAACAGUCAUUGUAGACGGCAGUGAAGGAACGGUUACUGCAGACGGCGGUGAAGGAACAGUCACUGCAGACGACAGUGAAGGGACAGACACUGCAGAUGGCAGUGAAGGAACAGACACUGCAGAUGGCAGUGAAGGAACAGACACUGCAGACGGCGGUGAAAGAAUAGUCACUGCAGACGGCGGUGAAGGAACAGUCACUGUAGACGGCGGAGAAGGAACAGUCACUGCAGACGGCGGUGAAGGAACAGUCACUGCAGACGGCGGUGAAGGAAUAGUCACUGCAGACGGCGGAGAAGGAAUAGUCACUGCAGACGACAGUGAAGGAACAGUCACUGCAGACGGCGGUGAAGGAACAGUCACUGCAGACGGCGGUGAAGGAACAGUCACUGUAGACGGCGGAGAAGGAACACUCACUGCAGACGGCGGUGAAGGAACAGUCACUGCAGACGGCGGUGAAGGAACAGUCACUGUAGACGGCGGUGAAGGAACAGUCACUGCAGACGGCGGGGAAGGAACAGUUACUGUAGAUGGUGGUGAAGGAAUAGUCACUGCAGACGGCAGUGAAGAAACAGUCACUGCAAACGGCGGUGAAAGAACGGUCACUGCAAACGGCGGUGAAGAAACAGUCACUGCAGACGACAGUGAAGGGACAAACACUGCAGAUGACAGUGAAGGAACAGACACUGCAGAUGGCAGUGAAGGAACAGACACUGCAGACGGCGGUGAAAGAAUAGGCACUGCAGACGGCAUUGAAGAAACAGUCACUGCAAACGGUGGUGAAGGAAUAAUCACUGCAGACGGCGGUGAAGAAACAGUCACUGCAGACGGCGGUGAAGAAACAGUCACUGCAGACGGCGGUGAAAGAAUAGUCACUGCAGACGGCAUUGAAGAAACAAUCACUGCAGACGGCGGGGAAAGAACAGUCACUGCAGACGGCGGUGAAGAAAUAGUCACUGCAGAUGGCUGUGAAGGAGCAGUCACUGUAGAUGGUGGUGAAGCAAUAGUCACUGCAGACGGCAGUGAAGGAACAGUCACUGUAGACGGCGGUGAAGGAACAGUCACUGCAGAUGGCGGUGAAGAAACAGUCACUGUAGACGGCAGUGAAGGAACGGUCACUGCAGACGGCGGUGAAGGAACAGUCACUGUAGACGGCGGUGAAGGAAUAGUCACUGUAGACGGCAGUGAAGGAACGGUCACUGCAGAAGGCGGUGAAAGAAUAGUGUCUGCAAACGGCGGUGAAGGAAUGGUCACUGCAGACGGCGGUGAAGGAACGGUCACUGUAGACGGCAGUGAAGAAACAGUCACUGCAGACGGCGGUGAAAGAAUAGUCACUGCAGACGGCAUUGAAGAAACAAUCACUGCAGACGGCGGGGAAAGAACAGUCACUGCAGACGGCGGUGAAGAAAUAGUCACUGCAGAUGGCUGUGAAGGAGCAGUCACUGUAGAUGGUGGUGAAGCAAUAGUCACUGCAGACGGCAGUGAAGGAACAGUCACUGUAGACGGCGGUGAAGGAACAGUCACUGCAGAUGGCGGUGAAGAAACAGUCACUGUAGACGGCAGUGAAGGAACGGUCACUGCAGACGGCGGUGAAGGAACAGUCACUGUAGACGGCGGUGAAGGAAUAGUCACUGUAGACGGCAGUGAAGGAACGGUCACUGCAGAAGGCGGUGAAAGAACGGUCACUGUAGACGGCAGUGAAGGAACGGUCACUGCAGACGGCGGUGAAAUAACGGUCUCUGCAGACGGCAGUGAAGGAACGGACACUGCAGACGGCGGUGAAAGAACGGUUUCUGCAGACGGCGGUGAAGGAACGGUCACUGCAGACGGCGGUGAAGGAACGGUCACUGCAGACGGCGUUGAAGGAUCAGUCAUUGUAGACGGCAGUGAAGGAACAGUCACUGCAGACGCAAGUGAAGGGACAGACACUGCAGACGCCAGUGAAGGGACAGACACUGCAGAUGGCAGUGAAGGAACAGACACUGCAGAUGGCAGUGAAGGAACAGACACUGCAGAUGGCACUGAAGAAAUAGACACUGCAGACGGCGGUGAAGGGACAGACACUGCAGAUGGCAGUGAAGGGACAGACACUGCAGAUGGCAGUGAAGGGACAGACACUGCAGAUGACAGUGAAGUAACAGACACUGCAGAUGGCAUUGAAGGAACAGUCACUGCAGACGGCGAUGAGGGAAUAGUCACUGCAGACUGUGGUGAAGGAACAGUCACUGCAGACGGCGGUGAAGGCAUAGUCACUGCAGACGGCGGUGAAGGAAUAGUCACUGCAGACGACUGUGAAGGAACAGUCACUGCAGACGGCAGUGAAGGAAUAGUCACUGCAGACGGCGGUGAAGGAACAGUCACUGCAGUUGGCGGUGAAAGAAUAGUCACUGCAGACUUCUCUGAAGGAAUAGUCGCUGCAGACGGCGAUGAAGGAAUAGUCACUGCAGACGGCGGAGAAGGAAUACUCACUGCAGACGGCGGUGAAAGAAUAGUCACCACAGAUGGCAGUGAAGGAACAGUCACUGCAGACGGCGGUGAAGGACCAGUUACUGCAGACGGCGGUGAAGGAACAGUCACUGCAGACGGCGGUGAAGGAACAGUCACUGCAGACGGCGGUGAAGGAACUGUCACUGCAGACGGCGGUGAAGGAACAGUCACUGCAGACGGCGGUGAAGGAACAGUCAUUGCAGUCGGUGGUGAAGGAACAGUCACUGCAGACGGCGGUGAAGGAACAGUCAUUGCAGUCGGCGGUGAAGGAAUAGUCACUGCAGACGGCGGUGAAGGAACAGUCACUGCAGACGGCGGUGAAAAAGAGAUCGGCGGUUUAGGGGAAGAAAUAGAUGGAAGUGGAAAAGGAAAAGAGUUUACAGACCAUGGAAGAGAAGGAACAGGUGACGGAGAUGGAACAGAUGUUAGUAAUGAGCCAAGCGUUACAGAUGAUAGUGAUAGAACAGACGUUACAGAUGGAGACGGAACAGAGGGUGGAAAUGGAACAGAUGAUGGAGAUGGAACAGGCGUUACUGAUGGUGAAAAUGGAACAGAUGUUUCAGAUGAUGACGAAGGAACAGAUGGUGGAGAUGGAACAGACAUUUCAGAUGAUAGAGAAGGAACAGAUGGUAGAGAUGUAAUAGACAUUACAGAUGAACGAGAAGGAACAGAUGGUGGAAAUGGAACAGAUGACGGAGGAGCAGGUGAUGGAAAGGAAAUAGAUGUAACAGAUGGUGAAGAAGGAACAGUAGUUUCAGAUGGUAGAAAUAGAAAGGAUGGGGGAAAAGGAACAAGUGGUGUAGAUGGAACAGAUGAUGGAGAAGUAACAAUCGUUACAGGUGAUGAAGAAGGAACAGAUGGUGGAAAAUUAGCAAUUGGUGUAGAUGGAACAGAUAAUGGAGAAGGAACAGGUGGUGAAGAUGGAACAGAUGGCGAAGAUGGAACAGAUGAUGGAGAAGGAGCAGAAGUUACAGAUGGUGGAGGAACGGUUGCCAUCAACAGUGAAGACCAAGAAUCAGUCACCAUCAACAGUGAAGACCAAGAAUCAGUCACCGUCAACAGUGAAGACCAAGAAUCAGUCACCAUCAACAGUGAAGACCAAGAAUCAGUCACCAUCAACAGUGAAGACCAAGAAUCAGUCACCAUCAACAGUGAAGACCAAGAAUCAGUCACCAUCAACAGUGAAGACCAAGAAUCAGUCACCAUCAACAGUGAAGACCAAGAAUCAGUCAUCAACAGUAAUGACCAAGAAUCACUCACCAUCAACAGUAAAGACCAAGAAUCAGUCGCCAUCAACGGUGGCGGCCAAGAAACGGUCACAGUCAACGGCGAAGACCGAGAAUCAGUCGUCACAAACAGCAGUGAAGGAACGUACGCUACUGACAGUGAAAUAACAGACGUUACUGAGUUCGGAGCAGAAGGAGCGGGUAUACUGGAAGAGGGUGGUGGAGGAGCCGAUGAUGUAGAUAAACGAGGUAUAGAGGUUUCUGGCCUGGAGGAGGAAGGAACAGCAAGCGCCGAUGGUGGAGACGAAGUAGAAGAGGUAGACGAAGAGGUAGAAGUAGUAGACGAAGCACGUGAUGUAGGUGGGAGAGGCAAGGAUGUCACAGGUGGUGGCGGUGAAGAACCAGGCAUUACGAAUGGUGGAGGUGAUGGAAUGGAUAUUAGAGAUGGUGAAGGAGAACGAAUCGAUUCUUUAGCCUCUGCCAGAGAAAGAAAACAAACUAUUCCUUUAGACACUGCAGGAAGAAAUGGCACAGAUGGCAAGGAUAAAGCCGACAAGAAAGGUGAACCGGAUAUCAUGGGAGGCGGAGACGCACUAAUGGCUGAAGGAGAGUUCGCAACCACAGGAACUUUGGGAGGUAAAAGUGAGGGUGACGCAGAGAGAGAGACGUCUUCCACGUUAGACGCAGGUGACUUAACGAUGGAGACAGAGGAACUGUUGGGGGUCGACGCACUCGAGAACAUAGAUUCUGAAGAGUGCAAAAGAGCACAAACAUUCUCUGACGAUGGGAAUGCGAGUGAUAAAAAAGAAGAUAAGAAAGAGCAGAAUUACGAAUGCGUUUUGAAAAUUUGGGAAAAUGAUGAAAAUAAGGAAGUGAGUGAGGAAUGUGAGGAUGGAGAGCGAGAGUUGGGCAAGGUACCUGCUGACACUGACCGCCAAGUGAGGAAGAAGGAACUCCACCCACAAGAUGAACCGAAAAAAGAACGCCGUAUGUCAUCAGACAAAGACACGAAUAGCGACGAUGUUAGCACUUUGUGUGGUGUGGCUGAGGGUGAGACGGCAGGACUCCAGGAGGCCACACAGCCCAAGAAACAAACAGAGGUCGAGGAGGAGGCCACACAGCCCAAGAAACAAACAGAGGUCGAGGAGGAGGCCACACAGCCCAAGAAACAAGCAGGAGUCGAGGAGGAGGCCACACAGCCCAAGAAACAAGCAGGAGUCGAGGAGGAGGCCACACAGCCCAAGAAACAAACAGAGGUCGAGGAGGAGGCCACACAGCCCAAGAAACAAACAGGAGUCGAGGAGGAGGCCACACAGCACAAGAAACAAACAGGGGUCGAGGAGGAGGCCACACAGCCCAAGAAACAAACAGGGGUCGAGGAGGAGGCCACACAGCCCAAGAAACAAACAGGGGUCGAGGAGGAGGCCACAGAGCCCAAGAAACAAACAGGGGUCGAGGAGGAGGCCACACAGCCCAAGAAACAAACAGGGAUUGCACAGUUCUCUGAUAUAGCCAAGCAGAUCCUGAAGGAAGUUCAAGACAGUCGGUCAAGGAAAAUGAAGUGCUUAAGGGAUUUGCGGAGCUUAAAGCCCAGAACCAAAAGCUUUAUAAUAAAAAAAUAUAAUGAUAAAAGCAAUCCAGUGGAAAGGGACAAGUUCAGUUAUUACAGUGGUCGUCUUGAAACACAUGAUAAAAGGACAGUGUGUUGUGAACAGUCAUCUAAAUCUGUGCUGGAUGUUACCCAAGCUAAGUCACAUAAUUUUCAGUCACGUAUAUUGAAAAAAGAAACUUCUACGCAUACAUCGAAAUCAGAGAAUUCUACACAUCCAUCUAGUACUGAACUCGAGGAUGGGAAAACUUUAUAUUCUUCUCCCAGGGUUACUGAACCUCUUAGAGAUACUGUAGGCAUUAAAACGCCUCUGGAGAGUCAUGACAACACAGCUAGAUCACGCCACAGGUCUGGGGAGGCGUCUCAAGAAAAAGAUGCGACAUCUCUCCUCAAAUCUAGUAUGAUUCCUAUCAAACUAUUUUCCCCAAGUACUGAUGGAAAUUCCACCACUCAGACGUCAGAGGAAGACUCUAGUAUCAGUAAAACAAAGGAGAGUAGGAGGAGCGUGACCAUGACCAAGAAAAGUGUGGACGACACGUCCGGCAUACGACCAGCUGCUCACACUUCUAACUUUGUCAAAGACGCUAGAACCACACAUGUAAAGUCCUUCGCCGAGGACGCCGCUGGUAAUGGUUCUAUCAGCCCAUCUAUGACAGUAGUCGCCAGAGAGGCUCAGAAACCUGACUCGGGUAAUCCUAAAAGGUUGGCGGAGGGUGGGAGGGCGCUGCUAACUGAAGCAGCUCUGAAGCAGCUCCAGUCUUCUCCAGAGACGGGUUGCGUCAAGGUGGGUGACGACCGCGCUGCUGCCACACCCGCCUCGACCACCACACCCGCUACAGCCCCCACACCCGCCACAGCCCCCACACCCGCCUCGACCACCACACCCGCUACAGCCCCCACACCCGCCACAGCCCCCACACCCGCCUCGACCACCACACCCGCUACAGCCCCCACACCCGCCACAGCCCCCACACCCGCCUCGACCACCACACCCGCUACAGCCCCCACACCCGCCUCGACCACCACAUCCGCCUCGAUCACCACACCCGCUACAGCCCCCACACCCGCCUCGUCCACCACACCCGCCACAGCCCCCACACCAGCCUCGUCCACCACAUCCGCCUCGUCCACCACACCCACCUCGUCCACCACACCCGCCUCGUCCACCACACCCGCCACAGCCCCCACAUCCGCCUCGACCACCACACCCUCCUCGACUACCACACCCGCUACAGCCCCCACACCCGCUUCGACCACCGCACCCACAAAAGCCCCCACACCCCCCACACCCGCCACAGCUCCCACACCUGUCGACGAGGAAAGUAAACAAGUUUGUGAACUAUUACCACAAGAUACAGAUGAAAAACUUUACACUUUGAAGAAAGUAGUUGAUGGAAAUGACAAUAUCCAUGAAAGCGAGAACGUGAUACAUGUUGAUACAAAGACUCUUACUGUGGGGGAAUGUGUAAUACAUGGACACGUGACGGAGCCACUGAAAGAUACUUACAGUGCAACCAGAGAGAAUUAUCCAGCCAAGCAUCAGACGACAGUUAGUCCAGCACAUAGCAUAACUGACGGUGAUUUACCAUCACAUACUCUGGAUAUUGUGCAUGACGUCAUACAUACAGAUGAUAGCGCCACCAGAGGUACGUCCACUCGGCAUUACCAUGAACCAGAAGCUGCUGUGCAAGACGGUGUUGUGUCCUCACCCGAGACUCAAGAUAGCGGUCAGGUGUCCUCUCCAGAGACGCAAGAUAACAGUGUGGUAUCCUCUUCUGAGAUACUAGAUAAUAUUGAAGCUGAAAAUAUUGAGAACAAACCCUUCAGUUGGGACAAUGGCGAUAAUAAACUAGAGGAAGUAAAUAAGGAGGAACCUCUAGUUGUUGCGAUGCAACGAUACAGUCGUGGCGAAGUUAAGGUGAGUGUAUCGACGUCUUCGUCAGAAAAUGGUGACUUAGAGAAUCUUGAGGGUCCAUGGACAACGCCACAGCUGGCUCGGGUCGUGCAAGAAAUGGUAGUCUCCAGGAAGUUCAACAUGACUACAGCACAGGUGAAGAAGCGCCAAAACACCAUCACUCGGCUCGAUGUCCCUCAGAAGGACCGCAUUCUCAUCUUCGACAGCUCAAAACUGUCCAAGGCCAGACCUGAGAGGAGCGAGAGUGUUCCACCAUUGGGGACGCCCAGGCACAGGCAAGAAAGGAGGGCGAGUCAAACACAGGAGGAGGCGUUGAAGGGGGUAACUAGAGGCACGACAAUGAGUAGUCGAAAAAGCAAUCGAAAUGGAGACCCAGCUGAACAGUUAAUUGUUUCAAGAAUAAGAAAGGAGAUAGGUAGUCAAGAAGAAGGUUUGGAGGUGUCAGUGAACAGCCCAGUGCAAAACGAGGAGGAGAGUGCUUCCCCUGACAUUGAUGUACACUGUGGAAUUAAAGAUGACCCCCGACCUCACCAGAAAUACAGCUCCAAAACUAAAAGCAAGAAAACCUGGGGAUUGAGAGGAAAGCACUUAAAGAUGACCAGUGACCCCAGAAAGCACGAAGUCAACAAAACAAAAGGCACAAACGACAGAAAACUUUUGUCAUCUCCUAAAAUUGAGCGUUUGUGCCGUUCACCACAACUCCACAAAGGAAGAUCCAGCAAUAGCCUCACCAGGGACAUAUCUCCUAGACAGUCUCCAGUACGAAAUCGACGACAGAAAUCUACAAGGCCGGGCUCUCAGUCUGAGUCUCCAAAACUUGACUCCCCUCGGUCUCUCUCCCCAAAAAUAGGGUCCAUAAGAGGAUCACCAACGUCAGAGUGGUCCCCCAAACCGUAUUCAGCAAGGUAUCCUAGAGUCUGCUCUGCUAGAAUUACUAAGCCAGUUGUGAUCCAGGGUCGGAGGUCUCCCAGACUCUCACCUGUUCCAAAACAAUACCAGACGAGAAACUCAGACGAACAAACAAGUGAAGAACACCUCCCCUACACUGUUGCAGUUGCAAAAUCAUAUUUUGAGAACAAGCAAGAAGGAAACAAGGCGUUGCCAAGAGCUUCAGAGUAUGUGGCUGGGAAAUCUUUAGACUCAAGGAUUAAAGAAUCGGAGAAAGAGAGCACCAUAGAAAGAAUUUCUGGAAGUAAAAUAAGAAUUUUUGUGAAUGGAGAAACAUUUGUAGCUGAAAACCAAAUGAGUUCUGAAGCAGCCAGCACCCUGGCUGAGGACCCGCCCCUCCGUAGUGGUCUCAGAUCAGAUGCACAAGAGUCGAGGGUAGACUUCUUAGACAUAGAUAAAUUCAGGACCCCUAAAGCUGAGAUUGAUCUGUUUAAUAAUGCUAAAAUGAAUCAAAUCCCAAGAAACGAGGAACUUGAAAAAAAUAUGAUUGGAAGUAAUGAAGCAACUAAGUCAAAAGAGGCCAAGUCUUCCAAGCCAGUUCGCCGACAGUCGUCUGAUUGUCGUCAGCGGCUCGAUGUCUUCCUGGAAAACAAAGUUGCGCAGGACCAGCGUCAGCAGCGCAAUGUUUACAUCGCUUCAAAAACAAGCGGCAAGCUUGACUCUGAGAUCAUUCAGUUCUUUGAAUCUCAGCAGCAGAAACCUCGAGAGAUUUCAAGGAAUGAGAAGGUGAUCCCAGAGCACUUCAGAGGUGUUCGCAAGGUUGAGUAUAGGAAGACGUCACAAAGUACUGAGAAGACAGCAAGCAGCAACAUUUAUCCGGAGGACGACGGCCCUUCAGAUAUAAAGGCAAAUGUUAGUGUUUCUGGGGAGCUGAAUACCGAUGCCAGUAUACUAAAUAUAAACCCCAUAAGAGAGACGAGAGACGAAGCUUCAGUUGGAGAAGCAGAAAGUGUACAUGAAGAAUUGAAAAGUUCAGCAUCAAAUUCUGAAAUUGGCUUUGAAAUUAAUGAGUAUGUAGUUGCCGGAGAAAGGAGUAGAGCACCAAGUGACAAAACCAAAAUGAAAAUAAUAUGCGAGGAAAAGAAAGAAGAUAAUGAAAGUGUUGUGACACCAGAGACAAGUGACAGUACUGGAGGCCAGCUUGUGACGAAAGGAGAUACAGGGGAGGUGGUGACUUCGGUAAAGCCAGACGAAGUGGUGACGGUGGCAGAGGCAGCAGAAGAGGUGGUGACGACGGCAGGGGCAGCACAAGGGGCGUUGAUGGCGGCACGGACAGCGGAAGAGGUGGUGACGGAUAUUGAGCCAGAAAAGGAGGUCGUGACGACAAACGGGACAACUGAAGAGGUAGUGACAACUGUACAGCUACCAGAGGAGGUAGUAGCGAUGACGCAGACAGUAGAGGAUGUGGUGGCGGAAGCAAGGACAAAAAGGGAAGGUGCGACGGCAGAGACAAGAGGGGAGUUGGUGACAGGUGCAGGAGAGGAGGUAGUAACACCAGCAAGAGCAGCAAAGGCGGUGGUGACGGCGACAGGAGAAGAGGUGGUAUUGGCGACAACCACGGUAGCAUCCUCGUCCAGUAGCCAGAGGGAGCAGAGUGGCGACACUAGCACUUCGGCCGCUGGAGUGACACUGGACAAAAAUAACCAGAAGUUCGCAUCUGCUAUGGAUACCUCGAUGGAACGGGAGGACAGGUAUGUGGCAGCCCGGCGUCACGCAAGCCGCCACUUGAGCCACGAGCGCUUGAGGAAAAGAAAAGAGAAAGAGUGGGAGGAGAGUGGGAAUAUUCUCAAGAAUUUAGAAGACGCCACUAGUAGUUCAGCAAAUAGUAGGGACGAGUUGAUCGCCAAAUUCAGGCAAGACGAUGGCAUGAUGAUAGAGAAGAUCAGGACACUGAGGGAUAUAGGGCAGAAGGACCCAGAGGUGACAGCCAUACUUGAUGAACAAGAGACGGACAAGAUCAGCGGUAGUCUCAAAACCUCACUAGAGUUCGCUAGAGACAGGGGACGAGAUUGGGAUAUGAACGAACUCCAAAUUAGCGAAAAGACCGAAGUCUCGCAAGGUCCCGCGGUCACAAGAGGUGCAGCAACGGGUGACGAAUUAAUAUCUAUCCAAAAUGUGUUUCCGAACACGGAAGAAAAAUGGAGAAAUGCUGCUGUAGAGGGUGAGAGGAGAGAGGAAGGUAAGGCGGGCCACAUUGUGGGAGAGUGCGACGGGAGAGAGGAAGAGGAGGCUGCUGGGAGCCGACGAGGGACACGGGUGCAAGAUGAUCCUGCAGGUGAGGCCGUCAUCACCUACCCGAGGAGCCGGGGAAGGUCGCGUCCUCAUGCUGCUACUGCAACGCCCCUCACUGAUCACGACCCUGUAACUACCACUGGUCGCGACCUCGUAGCCGCCACUGAGCACACCUCCGUUACCAGGACCACUAGCCACCCCUCACCAUGCACCACCACAGACCAUGGGGCCACACCCUCCACCACAGACCAUGGGGCCACACCAUCCACCAACCACGAAGCCACACCAUCCACCACAGACCAUGGAACCACACCAUCCACCACAGACCAUGGGGCCACACCAUCCACCACAGACCACGAAGCCACACCAUCCACCACAGACCACGAAACCACACCAUCCACCACAGACCAUGGGGCCACACCAUCCACCACAGACCACGAAGCCACACCAUCCACCACAGACCAUGGGGCCACACCAUCCACCACAGAUCACGAAACCACACCAUCCACCACAGACCAUGGGGCCACACCAUUCACCACAGACCAUGGAGCCACACCCUCCACCACAGACCACGAAACCACACAAUCCACCAAUGCAAAAAUCAAUAAACUAAUCAUCACAGAUUUUGACGGACUAAGUCCUGAUGGGAAAACAUUGGUUAAGACAUUCACAAAACUUGUUACUGACUUAAAUGAAAAUAAUCGUUUAGAGGGAAACCAAACGGUGGAUUAUUCCAGCAAAACAUAUUCUACCGUAAACAUUCCCGAGAAGAAACAGCACACAAAAUCCAGCCAGGAUUCUCCAACCCUCCAUUUACUGGUGGCGAACAACGGCGACUGUGUAGAGAGCGGUGUGAUACACGAAAGAACGUCGCCUUCUGACUCGACCUCGAUGCAUGGUGACAUCCUCAACGUCACCCAGAGUGAAGCGGAAAUAUUUGAAGAUAACGUUAGUAACCAAGAAACUCUAUCUCUGAAGAAUUUUGAGAAAGAUUUGCAAGAUGGAGCGGUGGAGGAGGUGAGCUGGAGCGGCGGGGUCUCUGACGAGAGCGCGCUCCCCCAGACGCCUGAGGCCGCACUCAUGGCCCAGAUGCUUUCACUUGAUGGUAAACCCGCUGGUGAUGAUGCUGAGUUAGAUAAUGUUUUUGAUGAUUCCAAUACAGACGCAUUGCAUGAUGUGGGUUCUAAAAAGAUCACAAAAUGCGAUGAAACCGAUCUUACAACAACAACUCGUAGACUAUUGACAGGUCACAGACGGCUUACCAAAACGAUUUCAGAAGGAAACUUUACCUUAAAUGAGGACUCUGACUUCGGCUCGUAUAAGCUUGCAAAAAUUCCUCGCCCUCCUUCAUUUAAGAGAAGUCGGACAGAGAGUGAUUUUCGCCAAGAGAAAUUAGUAGGAGCCACAAAUGACGCAACUAAUGCGUCGACAGUGAGUGAAAUCUUCGCUCGUGGUGUAUCUGGGAGAAUUAAGACAAAAAGCCGGAGUGUGGAGAACAUCCGCCUCUCUAGCCUGACCUGUGUGGAGAUCCCCAACCUCGUCGACACCCCAACCUCCCCGAACACCACCACCUCCGCCUGUCGCAUUGUUGGGGUUCUCAAGAAGAAGGAUUCUAGGGAGAACGUCUUAGGUCUGCUGUCACCGUCCAAGGCAGAGGACUUGGACGGCGACAGCAGUCGUCCGAUGCAUGAUGGUGAAGCGGACGCUCUGGACAUUAAAAUAUCAGAAAAUAAAUCUGUAGAUAUUUCUGAAACAGAGAUAACUGUGAUUCCAAACUACCAAACGUCUGUUGUAAAGCCUUCUCAAUUGGUUUCGUCAGAGGAAAUAUUCGAAGAAAAGACUGAAGCAAAAAUUAUGCAGUGCAGCCAGACUUGGGAAACUUGUGAUAAAGAAAUUAUUAAACUUCCUGAUGCUACAAAAGCUAGAUUAUCUGUUGCUGGAAUACCAACAGAAACACACAUAUAUGAAAAUGUACCCGAAGUUACAUUUUGCCGAGGUGGGGCAACGGAAGCUCCUGUACAGCAUUUACCAGGAAGUGAGGAAGAGAUAUCUACCCCGGCUGAGGUCAGAAAACUUGUCCCCAAGGUGAUACACAUAUACGAGAACCUCCAAGCUGCUACAUCAGUCCCUGCCGGCGUCACAGCAACACAGUUUGUGGAUACUGAGCACAACCACCGAGAAAGCAUAUCCAGAGAAAUUGUACCAAAAAAAACUGUCCCUCGUAAAGGAUCUCAUAUGGAUGUAAAGAGCCAAUCACCGUCGCCUAUGAUGGCUAGGUUAUCGGCCAGUCAGCCCCUGAUUGGGGCUUACUCGCCCAAGCGAUCGGCAUAUGAACGAGCUUCCUUAAGGAGAAAACUUCAACCAGAAUCCGAGAGCAGAGCUGAAAAGCAAAGAUCAAAUUACAUGAAGCAAAAGGCAAUCAGAGUUGGAAUUUUAAAAAAACAGAAAUCUGACAUUACAGGAGUUCGGCUUCAAAAACUUCACUACUUUGAUAACGAGCUUCCAGGAGAAAGACAAAGGUCCUACUCAAUAAGUAGCAUAGAACCGAGAAAAUCCUCCAAAACUCGGACUUACGAGGAUGAGGAUAACAGAGAUUCAGAUCAACAAAUACCACUGAGGAGCGACUACGCUGAACCAAGUACUCAGAUGGAGGCGAGCAGCUUGGAUAGGCGUUGUCAGGGCUCCGUGAGCGCCAGCAGUAGCAGGAGCAGUGCUAUUGACAGGAUCCUACAAAGUUGUGCCCCUUGUAUUUCCAGCACCACAAGUUCUACACUGGAUUUGUCCGUUAGGUCACCGGCCUACACCAACGGUUCUAACGCUGACACUGACCCCUCUAGGGACGGGGAUCCCGACGAUGUGGGAUCCGGUGAUAGAGCAUUUCGUAGAGGCCAUAUGGGAUCCUCAGGAAGACAGCGCACAAGGAAUAAUAAACUUCCCUACAAAACCUCGUACUCAUCCUCAGACGUGACAUCCGUAGUAAGUUCUGAAGCCACCUUUGUUGCGAACGAUAACACGCCUUUGGUCAGUCAAGUAGCUUUAGAAAACACAAAACCUCAUGCUGUUAAAUUCUGCCAUAAAAAAAGUGCAAGCGCAGUAGGAACGACAGGUUACGAAGUAGAAGCCCUUCGAGAUCCAGUGCCAACCCAAAGCAGUUACAGUUUGGUGUUAAACCCGGCAAUGGAUGGUACAACUGUAGCAACGUUUUCUGAUACCUGUUAUACUGGAGAUGAGGUGACCACCACUAGCGAACACGAGACGGUGGAAAAUAGCUUCUUGAGUUUUGAGGAAGAGAGUUCGACACCGGAGCAAGAAGGAAGAGCCACCGAUGACACAGACUUCUACAGUGAACUCUUGGACACCAUCUUAAGUGUGGUCGAUGCGCAAGAGCCUUCUUUUUCUACAGAAACUGAUGUUCCUUGUCCAGAGUCUGAGGGCAGUGUUGCUUCCCGGGUACUAUCGCAUCAGAAAACUGCAGAAUCCGGUGAACAGCCAGUUGAAACCACGAAAGACGACAAACAAUUAUCUCCAUCUAAGGAAGACAGGGAGCACCCCAAAGACAAUAGUGAUUCAGAAUCAACCGCAAGUGUCAAUUCAGAAUUGGCUGAUGUGCGUCGUCGCAUCACUGAAAGAUUCCCACCUAUGCCCCGGGCAGACCCCCAGGCUAGCCAGGAGUCAGUUCUGGUCUCACCUAGUGCUCUGUGCCCCAUGCCCACCUGCACCGCCUGUUGUGAUCAGAAUCUUUGCAUCUCACAGCCCCUCGUGUUUACUUUUGAUUUUCCGGUUGCCUCGCCGUCCGCCGGUGAACCUGCUCGUGCCGCCAGUCUACCAUAUGUGGACUACCAGUGCGAGGAAGCUUCCCGCGACAACAUCAGCAGGUCGAUUAGCCUCCCUCAUGACCCGGAGGUAUAUCAUAGUACACAGGUUGUCUUUCGCACCGAGCACGACGACGAAGAGUAUUGGAGCGCCGGAGAGGAUGCUGGCCGGGGCUCUCCAAAGGUCUCUAGUGCCCGUACUCAGCCCCAGAGCUCAACACGCCCAGAUCUCUCGUCCCAGGACUCAUCACCCCAGGAUUCCUCACCUCAAGAUCUUUCGCCCCAGGACCACACGUCGCAGGACGAUCCUCAGACAGAUUCUGGGUUGGAGGGGUGCAGAGACCACAGUGAGAGUUCGAGUAAUCAACUGGCAGAGGAACUGUCACAACUUCGGUUGGAGAACGAGAAACUCGUCGUCAGGAAUCGUUCAUUGCAAAGUGAGGUGGAAGAGCUGCGCAGAGUGAAGGAGAACAUAGUGGGGGACGAUCAACUUAAGCCGCGGAUCAAUGAAAUGACAAUAGAACUUACACAUGCCAAGGAGGCUCUUUCGGCAUUGAAAGCAGAUAGAAAACGUUUGAAAGCAGAGAAAUUUGAUUUGUUGAACCAGAUGAAGCAGUUGUAUGCAACACUUGAAGACAAAGAAAAAGAAUUACGGGACUUUAUUCGAAAUUAUGAGCAGCGCAUGAAGGAGAGUGAUGAGUCCCUACGCCACCUUGCGGCAGAGAGAGAUGAAACAGAACGAGAAAAGUGGAACAUCCUGAAGCAUGCUAGGGAUGAAUCAGAGAGAGUUGUUAAACUCUCUGCCCAGCUUGGUCUCAAGGAAGCUACUGUAAAGAGGCUUCAAGAAGAACUUGAAAUGGUCCGUAGGCAGCUCACAUCUGUGGGAUACUACAGUGAUGCAGAGUCUGUCCGGACUAAUGGGCUGACAACACCAACAGCCUCCACACCUGCUUGUUCACCUUUGCCACUUUCCACCCCAACUCCUACCCCUAAUGGUCGUGGAUCAUCAGCAGACUCUGGUGUAAGAUUUUCAAGCGAUCGAGAUUCGACUGCUAGUCAUGACGGCUCCCUUACCAUUACUGUUGGGCGAGGAUCUCUGGACUGUGAUUCGCUAUCAGUCUGCUCCUCGGCCACUGCUGUUUCUCAGUACUACUACUAUGCAUGUGGAGCAGGAACCCCCAAGGAGUCACCUUCUCUCUCCCCUCUUUAUGCCACACCAGUUUGCUUAAAACGGGAGGAACAGAGUGGGGACAAUACUCCCACUAGUGCAUCAACUCCCACAGCUGCUAGUAUUAAUUCUCCUGCUGUAUGUGGACUUGCAAACAGUAGUGCAAAUGCAGGAGGGCUGAGUCGUUCAGCCGAGCAGUUGUGUGAGAGGUUGAGUGAGGCAGCUGACUCUUCUAAAGCUCGAGGUACAAGUACCCUUACCCGCAAGAGUCAUAAGGGUGGAAGUACCUGGGGGUCUAUCUCAAGAGUAUUUGCCAGACAGAAGAAGCGUGCAGCUCUUGAUGCUUCAUUGUAUGAUGGUAAUGGGAGUGACAAGCGUGCCUCCUGGUCUCCAAGUUCAUCCUUGUGUGCCUCACCCUUAACUGAAGAAAGUUACUCUGAGAAACUUAGACUUUUAGAAGAGGCACAACACAUUCCAUUGGAGAGAUGGAAAGCUCCAACUGUUCUAGCUUGGCUGGAAGUUACUCUGGGCAUGCCUCAGUAUGGUGCCAUGUGUGCUGAGAAUGUUCGAAGUGGAAAGGUUCUUCUAGAACUCAGUGACUCAGAAUUAGAAGCAGGCCUAGGUAUCACUCACCCAAUGCACCGCAAGAAGCUUCGGUUAGCCAUUGAAGAACUUCGUGAACCUCGCUUAUCUCGUUUUCCUCGCAUAUCUGCACUGGGACACACGUGGGUUUCCUCCGAGUGGCUACCAGACUUGGGCCUUCCACAUUACUGUGAUGCCUUUGCCAACAACCUAGUAGAUGGUCGGCUUCUGGAGGCUCUUACGAAAAAAGAGUUGGAGAAGCAUCUAGGUGUUCAUCGCAAGUUCCACCAAGCUUCAAUAAUCCAUGGAGUACAUCUUUUAAGAAUUGUUAGAUUUGACAGACAGGUAUUAGCAGAGCGUCGUCGUCAGUGUGAUGUCAUUGAUGCUGAUCCAGUUGUGUGGACAAAUAUGCGGUGGGUACGAUGGGCAAGAUCGAUAGACCUUGCUGAGUAUGCAGAUAACCUUAAGGACAGUGGUGUCCAUGGUGCUCUAGUGGUCCUGGAAUCCUCUUUCACUUCAGACACAAUGGCCACAGCCCUAGGAAUCCCUCAGUCUAAAAAUAUAAUCCGGAGACACCUGGCUACAGAACUGGAGAGCCUUGUGAAUCCUGCAAGACAACAGCUUGAUGAGCAAGCUCGAUAUGCAAAAAUGGAGCGCCGCCGGCAGGAGAAAUUAGCUGCUGGAGGAAGUCUAGGACGGUCAUUCUCCCGAAGCUAUGGCACUGGUCUAGAAAAGGGUGAAAAAGACAAGAGAAGAGCAUCACUAAGACUCUCUUAUCGUACUUGCUUUGGAUGGAGGCGACAUCCACAACUUCUCCCAGUGAAUUCCACUGGUUUACCACCUGCAAUGCAUCCCUUGCAGAAAAAGGUUUGCGCAUUUCCUACACUUCCGUCUAAGGGGUCUUUAAGUCGUGCUCUUGGUCUUCGCUUACGUGAGGAGGCUGCCAUAUCAGGUAAUGGUGGUGAGUCCUCUUCCUCAGGAGGGCAUUCCCCAGCUGUAAUAGCAAGGACUAAUGCUCAUCGAGCAACUCAUGGUCGCCCUCGUUCCACUAUCAUGCCUUCUGGUGUUUAUGUGCAUCAUGAGACACAUCGUCGUGUAAAGAGUAUUGGAGAUAUUGAGACUAUCACUGUGACACCAGUUUAGCAAUACUCAUGCCAGCGACUCAGAUUGAUGUUCGCUGAACGAUGUGCCGAAGUUUGUUCAUUUGUGUGUUCUCCUGUUUUCCGAACGUUCAACUAAACACAGUAAAUGUGUUAUCAACAGGGUGGAUAGAUUUAGAUGCAUUAGAUAUACAAUACUAAACUAUUAGUCAAUGUAAAUGGCACUUACAGAGUAAAUACUUUGUAAGAAUAUUACAUUAUUUCAUUUUGAAACUAUUAUCAUGUAAUGGGGAAGAUUUUUGGAACACAUGAGGUGCACUAGUAAUGUAUGCAAAACCACUAAAAUUGCUGCAACCUCAUUCCUAGAACUCCCCAAGAAUGACCAAGUAAUUCCUAUGCUAUAAUUCUACUGCCACUGAGAUAUUUUGAUAUAUUAUUUGAAACACAGAUUCAUAUCGAAAACGUUUGGUAUAAUUUGAUACUAGUCGAGUACAAGACAAUAAGUAACCACAGGGACCACACCAGAUGGCCUUUCCCCGUGGGUAGCUCUCAGGCUAGUAUAACGUGAUCCACAAACAGUGCUUAACAAAUUGGUUAGUAGGCUUAAACCAGGACCUUGUGCCAUGAGCAGAAUAGCCAAUGUUUGAAAAAAAUAUGCAUAUCUUAAGGUUUACAUAAAGGUAUCUCAAAAUAUGAGCAUCUAUAUAUGUAUUGUACACAAACUGCAUAGAUUAAGAUGAUAAAACUUGUGUUUCAAAUUUGUUUAAUAAGUACUCAAUUUGUUUUCUGCCAGUAUUAAAAUACAGCAGUCAUGGAAUGAGCAUUAUGAACAAACACAUGGGACCAGGUAACUUUUUCAUGGAAAGGUUCCAUAUUUUUCACACUUAGAUUUUUCUCAGAAUUGUGGUCUUUCAGUCUGCUGCAUCAAUCACUUACGUCUGUCAAAUUUAUCUGCUUGAGGUUUAGUAACAGCUAAUGAAUGUGUACCGGUAUAUGGACAUUUUAAGAAAUUAUUGCUUCAGAGAUCACUCAGUUGCUAGCCCUCAGGUGGUGUUUAAGAGUCUGAACUAGUUCUCUGUAAAUAUUGUGUAACUUUUGUACUUAAACUAUAGUAUAUGUGUAUGUAAUGCAAUGUAAGUUAUUAAUUUAUGCUCCUCUUGAUGACUUGGUUGUUGUGUGUUUGACUUUAUGUAAACAAAUAUAUAAUCUCAUAGCAAAGUUGAAUUUGGACAACUAAGCAUUCAAGAUAUAUAUAUACUGUAUACAUUUUUUAUUUUGGCGCUUGAGAGUAGGAUUGUACUCAUUAUAAUGCUGCCAAGCACAUUACAAUAAUGUUAAAGGUUACUUUAUAAAGGAUCAUAUUUAUUAGUAAUGUAUUAUGUUCUACAGAUGCUGCAUUAAAAUAGUACUGUGUGUGGUUUUCAAUUAUGAAAUUUCCCAUAAUGUGAAUGUUACUAGUCAGAUAUAUUUUUAUCGACUGACCUUGAGAUUUCUGAUUUCAUGUAUCGGUUGACAGGUGAGAUAUAAGAUUUCAUUUAUUAUUUAACAAUGUAAUUUUCCUCUCCAUUUGUGACUUUGUCAGCAGUUACUUGCUUUUCUGGAAAUUUAGGUAUUCAAUAACCAAGUAAAGAGCUAGGCAUAAUUGGUGUAUAACACGAAUUGAGCUCUUUUAGUAAAGUUUAAGGUUGUAACAUCUUAGAAGAUUAACCCGAAGACCAUUCAUUUGUUUGAGAAACCAGUGUGUCGCAUGGAAUUAUGAUAUGGUCAGAAUACUGUAUUAGUUUUUAUAUAUUCAAAAAUAGCCUGUUAAAGUAUUUCAAAACACACCUGGAGAUACGAUCAAAAAUUUUUAAUUUCAAAUAUAUCAGUUUUGUGUGUAAAGCUGAUACAAUUUACAGCUCUUAAAGCUAUAUUACAAAAAUACUUCAUACUCAAUUUAGUUAAGUGGCCUGUAUAUGCUGAUAUGGUCACAAGGUGAUGACUGUAAACUUUGCAUUUCUGUUGGAUGCAGCCACUGCCAGCCCAAACAUAAAAUGUAUGAAAGCAAAGAACUGGGAUUAGAUAGGAUUAUUUGGCCCAUAAAUAUAAUUCAUAUGCACAGCUCAAAAUUUAUCCCACUAUUUUUUUUUUAACUGAAUAGUAGAUAAUAGCUCAACAGGAAUUUGCUGUGAACCAGCCUUGCAAUGUGGAUAGCUUUGCCACUGCUCUUCAGACUUUUUUGGAGCACUAUAUAGAGAGAUGGGGAGUUUUUUUUUAAUACACUUGUAUAGGUCCUAUUUCUAUUAUUAGUUACAUAUAGGACUAACAAUAUAUAGCUAAAAACUCUAGUAAAUUCAGUGUAUUCACUCAUGAAUAUUUAAAGUAAUUGUGGAUAACAGUACUUGUGUAUUGCAUAACAAACUAUGAGAUAUUAGGCCUAGAAUUCUUGAUGAGAUACAAGAAAGUGUUGCAAGCCAGUUUUAAAAGGCCUUGAAGACAUUAAGCUAUUUGUAUUUGCAUUGCUGGUUAGUCAUAUUUAAUAUAAUGCAACGGUGUGACAAUGGAUAACUUAAAAGCUUUAUUUAUAAUGUGAAUGAACAGGUUAAUUACUAUUCUCAUAUUAUGAAAGAAAUUUGAAUUAUCUUGUCACAAGCUGAAUCUGAGUGAGAAACAGAGUUGUCAUCCAAAGCAAGUGCAUUGUAUUUUUAUAUAUCUGUAAUUUAUGAUAGUGUUGGACUGUAUAUAAAGACAGCUACAAUGUGACCAUUGGCCGGAUCGUCAUGACCAGAUACUACAUGAAUGUAGGAUAAGCAUUUGGAAAUACAGUAUUGUACAUGCAUUUGUAAUUUGUUGGUGUUAUCUUUUUAAUGUUUUCAUAAUUAUAUUAUAUUUCAAUUUCAGUUGGCUUACCUAGCUUUUGAGGUGGCCAUUAAAUAUACAUUUGUAUUGGAUUAAGAAAUUGAUAUGGUAAUUUAUUUUCUUUCUCACAUAGCUUUAACCAUGUCAAAUAUCCUUAAAGAUAUAUAAAUAUUUAUUUAAAAUCAUGUUAUUGUAACUCAUUGAUUUUUGAGCAGAUGGAUUACCAGGCUUUACUAAGACUUAAAUUAUUCUUCUUCUUUUAUAUAUAUCUAUAUAUAUAUAUCUAUACAUACAAUUAUAAAUUAGGUCAGGUACCAAAUUACAAAUGCAGCUACAAGUUUGGCAUAAUUAAAAUUAAGAAAAAGUAAGCAGUUUCUUAUGAAUAUUGUAUUUUGACAAAUUUAUAAAAUACAGUAUAUAAGAGAAUUUUAAUAUUGUUAAAAAUAAUCAGUUGAUGUGGGUCUAGGGAAUUACCAACUUACUAAGGUAUUACUCUACAUAUUUUGCCAAGAGGAACGUCAUUAUAAAGGAGAAUGUGAGCAUGCAAUGCGAGAUUAUUAAUACCUAGGUCAGACUUUCCAGACUUUUAACACAACUGAAUGAAAUCAAUCAGAACUACCUUUAUACUGUAUAUAGAUAUAAAAAACUACCGUGUAUUCUUAUAUUACAAGAAUAGAUUCAGGUCAUGUUAUUAAAGAUGUAUACAGUAUUUUUUAUUGGAAAUGGCACAUUAUUACUGCUCACAUUUACUGUUGUAAUAAUUGCUUAGUUAAUUCUUCAGCAAAUUAUACCAUUCAACUCACUUUUAUAAUUAGUUUCAUUAGUUCUUUAUGUUGAGUACUAGCUUAAAAAUUGGUAGUUUUCACCUGUACAUCAGCUAACAUUAGAAAAUAAACAAAGCUGUAUUUGUUCUCUUACCAUAAGAUAGCUAAUUCUAAGGUCACUGGCGAGCCGACUGUUUGACAUUCCAGUUUGUUUCUUACCUGGAAACAAUAAAAACCAUUAGUUA